CUCGCCUUAAUGAACGCAGCUUUUGGCGCCCUACCCAUCCUUUUCAGGAACCCAUCGAUCUACGGCUUAUCCCGGAUCACCAACAGCCUUUUCAUCAGCAAUGGAGAGGCGGCCAACAACAAACUUUUCCUCUAUGCGAACCGCAUCACCACCAUAAUUAACGCCACGGUGGAGGUGGUCAGCACCUAUUUCCCAGACAUUUACUACGUCCAUGUCCCUGUCCUGGACUGCCCCACCGCUCGAAUUUAUGACUUCUUUGACCCCGUAGCUGAUAAGAUCCACACCGUGGAACAGAACCAGGGCCGGACCCUGGUGCAUUGCGCAGCGGGCGUCAGCCGCUCGGCUGCCCUCUGCAUCGCCUAUCUGAUGAAAUAUCACUCCAUGUCUCUGUCGAACGCCCACGCCUGGGUCAAGUCCUGCCGGCCCGUUAUCCGCCCAAAUCUCGGUUUCUGGGAACAGCUGAUCGAAUACGAGUACAACCUCUUUGGGAAAAACAGCGUCAAGAUGAUCCAGUCUCCUUUGGGUCUGAUUCCUGACCUCUACGAAAACGAGGUUAGAGUCAUGAUAGCGCUGUGA